UUUACUAAAUUCAGUUCAAUCAUCCCGUUGAAUAAACGCUACCGUAAGCAAAACCCUGAACCUAAAAUCUCAAACCCCUCCUCCUCAUUUUCAAAACCUAACAGAAAAAAUCCCAAUCACCACCACUCCAUCACUUUCUCACUCGCAACAAUGUCGGGUUUCCCAUUUGGAUCUUCAUCUUCCACCCAAUCAUCAUCCUCCACAUCAGCAUUUUCAUUCGGAUCCUCUCCAUUCGGAUCCUCACCUUCCCCUUUCUCCACCACAACAAACCCUACCUCCACCGCCACUGCACCUUCUUCCUUCAAUUUUGGAUCCUCUUCUUCCUUAUUUGGUGCUUCUCCCGCUUCCUCCACACCGGCCGCUGCAUCUGCUCCUUCCAUUUUCGGUUCUGCCACCGCUGGCUCGCCGUUUGGUGGUGGAACUCCCUCAACUCCGGGGAAUCUCUUUGGCGGAGCUUCAUCGGCUUCAACACCGCUAUUUGGAGGAGCGGCUUCGGGUUCAACAACGGCUUCUACAACAAUGUUCGGAGGAGCGUCACCGGCAACUUCUACGGCGUUCGGAUUUGGUUCAUCUGCUUCAUCGACUCCGUCGUUCGGAGCACCGUCCUCAGCUUCUUCUACGCCGUUAUUUGGAGCACCGUCAUCGACGCCGUCGUUUGGAGUUGCGGCGUCAUCGGCUUCAACGCCGUCAUUCGGAGCACCGUCAUCGGCUUCUUCAAUGCCGUCAUUCGGAGCACCGUCAUCAGCUUCUUCAAUGCCGUCGUUUGGAGCACCAGCCGCUUCGGCUUCAUCGACUGCGUCCUUUGGAUUUACAUUUGCAUCAUCUGCUUCAUCGACGCCGUCUUUCGGAGCACCAUCAUCAGCAUCUUCCACACCGUCGUUUAGUGCACCGUCAUCGGCUUCUUCUACGCUGUCAUUCGGAGCUCCGGCUUCUACGCCAUUGUUUGGAGCACCGUCAUCAGCAUCUUCUACUCCGUCCUUUGGUGGAACAACCUCUUCUGCAGCAACCACGUCUUUUUCACUUUUUUCAAAACCCUCUGCUCCAGUUAGUACUAUAACCGCAACGAAUUCUUCUAAUUCGUCAGGGUUUUCAUUAGGAAACUCAACUGCAUCCGCUUCUCAACCAGCAUUUGGUUUCGGCAAUGUGUCUUCGUCUCCGGCGGUGGCGGCAUCUUCAGUGUCCGGUACACCGGCUGCUGCUAAGCCAGCGAGUUCUUUCUCGUUUACUACAUCAUCGGCGCCGUUGUUUUCGACCUCGACUGUGACUACUACAACAGCCUCCACAACUACGACUGGUGCUGCGAUUGUUUCGGCUUCUGUGCCUGCUUUUGGUGCUACUGUUGCUGGAUCUUCUGCUCCGGCGAGUGGUGGAUUUUCGUUGUCGGUUGCUCCAGUGGCAGCAGGGUCUAGUGGAGCUGGCUCGUCAUCGGCCAGUAGUGGACCGUCGUUUGCAGGUUUUGGUGUAGGAAGCUCGGCGUCUACUGCUUCGACAGCUUCUUUUGGGACGGGAUUUCAGUUUGCUAAUAAGACUUCAACUCCGGCUGUUUCAGCAUCCACUGCUCUUACAUUUGGGGUGAGCACUUCAACCUCUACUGCUCCAGCCGUUUCUAGUUCGAGCACUAGUGCAUCUGCUGCUGUUGUGGCUUCCAGUAGUGGAACUACUUCAACUGUCAGCACAUCAGUUGCCGCCACACCAAAAUUGCCGUCUGAAAUCACAGGGAAGACUGUGGAGGAGAUUAUCAAGGAGUGGAAUGCUGAGUUGCAAGAGAGAACUGGGAAAUUUCGAAAACAAGCUAAUGCAAUAGCUGAAUGGGAUCGCAGGAUUUUACAGAAUCGUGAUGUUCUAUUGAGGCUUGAGAUUGAAGUGGCCAAAGUAGUUGAGACACAAUCAAGUUUGGAGCGGCAAUUGGAGUUGAUAGAGACUCAUCAACAGGAGGUUGAUAAGGCCUUACAAAGUGUUGAGGAAGAAGCUGAACGUAUUUACAAGGAUGAGCGUGGUUUACUACUUGAUGAUGAAGCUGCGUCCACAAGAGAUGCUAUGUAUGAGCAGUCAGAACUGAUAGAAAGGGAACUAGAGCAAAUGACAGAGCAGAUAAAGUCAAUUAUCCAUUCCCUUAAUUCAAACCAGGGUGGAGAGGUUGAAGCACCAGAUGGAAUGACUCCACUAGAUGCUGUUGUUCGAAUUUUAAAUAAUCAACUAACUUCUCUCAUGUGGAUCGAUGAAAAGGCUGAAGAAUUUUCUUCACGCAUUCAGAAGCUAUCAAACCAAGGUUCUGCUUCAGAUCGUCAGCUGAUGGGACCUGGAAGUUGGAUGUGGUGAUAUUUCCGGAGAUUCUGGAUAGAAUUACUAUUACUAUUGACUCCCCAACACUUCUUCUAUAAUUUCAUUUUGAAGCAUUAUGAAAUUUUGAGGAUUGUUAGUAGUAAGGAAAGUUGUUUCUUGGUAGAACCCUUCUCACUGAAACAGUUGAUAUCUGUAACUAGUUGCUGCCGAGGUCUUACAGAUGAUUGAAGGUGCCUGUGAAUUUGCAAAUAGUUAAUUGUGUAUUCCUUCCAAACGAAUGAUUUUGGUAACUUGGUAAACUCUGUAGCAUUUAAAUUUUAAAUAUAUUAGCUGGUCAUGGGCCAUGGCAUUUAUCUUUGUAUUUGCUAUAGUGAAAAGGUGAUAUUUGUGGGAUUAGGAUUCUGUUGAAUAGAGGGAGUUUAGUAGAGAUAAAUUAGUAUUUGAGAUUUCACUUCAGGGAUCUGUCUUAUUUAUGUUAUUUGUGUAUGAAGAUUUAUUGUUUGAUCCUGACA